CCAGUCAGCCACUGACUGGUUUGGAGAAAUAUUUACCUACACACACACAAAAAAAAAGGCAAGUUUCAGUCUGACGGUAACACCCGCCCCAUGAGCCCGGCUGAUGAAACGUGAGAAGUGCCGACACAGCAGUAGCAGCGGCGGCGGGUUCAAUGAAACUCUUAACGGCUGCUGAGAGCUGCCGGCCCCCGGCCGAGUGCUCCUCAAGCUCCGCAGACAACCCGAGGGACUCAAAACUCUGUCAGAGCGCAACAUGGCCAAAGUAAACAGCAGUUCCUCCGGUUGUCGUGCCGUAGUGAUGGCAGGAAAGUAUCUGUCGAGUCCGUCUCCGCCGGCUCUGACCCGGGGAUCCGGUCAACGCCAACGGAGGAUGUUCGGUCCGCAGCCCCGCAUGAUGAGCUCUGAAUUGGCCGGCGCCGGAGGAAAGACCGCGGCUUCGGCCCAGCAGGAGCAUUCCGGCUUGUUCUCUGCUAAAGACCGACAUGUGCUCGCUAACCGGAAUCUGAUUUAUCGAGACGUGAAAGCUUUUCUCAACGAAGUCGGUGGAGACCCCCGGGAGGCUCGGUAUUGGCUGACCCAGUUCCAGAGAGCGACUUCGGCCCAGUCCCCAGCUUUUGCUAUACUGGAGGUGGACAGCUCAGUGUUCAACAGCAGGGAGAUGGUUCAGAGCCUGGCCUUUGGGCUCUCCUUCCUGCAGCGGAUGGAUAUGAAGCCUGUGGUGGUGAUAGGCCAGUCUGAGUGUGAAGAGAUGUGGCCCAAGGAGCCGGUCGCCGGGUCGCCAUGCACCAGAGGGUUGGUGGAGCGGUGCCAGCAGCUGACCGAGGCUCUGCAGCAGCACUCGGCCACUGUCCUACCGCUGUUCUCCGCGGAGUCCUUCCUCCUGCUGCAUGAGGCCCCGCAUGGAAGCAGUGCUCCAUCCUCCGUCACUAUGGACGCCAGCCUCCUCCAGUGGAGCCUGAACUGCGGAACCAUCCCUUUAGUUUGUCCGGUGGGCAGGGACGGGCAAGGUUGUUCGGUACUGCUGGACCCAACAGAGGUGACGGCAGCGAUUUCCCGAACCCUGCAGCCCCACAAAGUCAUGUUCCUGAACAACUCAGGAGGCCUCCGCAGCCAAGAUCGCAAGGUGCUUGGUACAGUGUCACUGCCUAGCGACUUGCCCGGUCUGUCCGUGGCAGAGUGGCUGAGUGCUGUAGAGCGCCGCAGAGUGACCACCAUAGCCCGCCUGCUCAACCAGCUGUCGACCGAGUCCUCUGCAGUGAUCACCUCCGCAGACACGCUGCUCACCGAGCUGUUCAGCCACAGAGGCUCUGGGACACUCUUCAAAAACGGAGACCCCAUUCACCGAUACAGCUCUCUGGAUGGAAUUGAUGUAGAGCGUCUGCUGGCUCUCAUCAACAAGUCAUUUGACAAAACCCUGAGGCGAGACUACAUUGACUCUCUGAAAGGAAGGCUGCACUCCGUCUACCUCUCUGAAGGCUACAGUGCAGCAGCCAUCAUCACCAUGGAGCCGGUGAACAGAGGCACUCCCUACCUCGACAAGUUUGUGGUGAGCAGCAGUAAGCAGGGUCAGGGAACCAGCCAGAUCCUGUGGGAGUGUAUCAGACAGGACCUAGGCAAACUGUUCUGGAGGUCCAGAGCCACCAACAAGAUUAACCCCUGGUACUUUAAACAUUGUGAUGGCAGCUUCGUUAACGGGGUUUGGACGGUCUUCUGGUUUGGCCUGACAGACAUCAGAGAUUCCUACGAGCUGGUGGAGCAUGCCAAGAACCUCCCUGAAUCCUUCCAUACCUCCUCUCUCACAGCCCCCAUACAGCCCCCCACGCCUGCCACAGGAUCCGGCUAGUCGUGUUGCUCUUUGACUCUGGAGUUCUUUCAGCUGCAAGGCUGUGAUGUUUCUUUUUGUCCAGCCUUGAAGCUUCAGACAUUGUUUCUCAAUUUUGCACAGACUGGACUGGAUUUAGUUUUUCCCUGGGUUACCUGGAAUCUUGAAAACCAAAGCUGCAAUGAGAAUCAAUCCUGUUUUUGUAAAGCUAGGAUUACCUAGACACAGGAGCAAUGUGCAGUGAGGCUGUGUGAGCUGAAACGGGUGUGACUGCAGAAAUCUCAAAACUUUGGUCUCGCAUUGAAAUUCAGGAUGAGGAAAACUUAGUGCACAGCCAGGUGCUGGGUUGCCUCUAAACCUUAAGUUUAUCUCUUAGUUUAAAAGACAUUACACCUGAGUGCCUACUACAAGUGUUACUAAAACAACCCUCCGCAGAAGGAGGAGUACUACUCAGUCUUAGAAUAAUGUUUUUAUGAUGUUUACUGUGGCUCUGUAGGGGGGCUCAGAGUUGGAGAAGACAUGUCAUAGUGAUGCGAUCAGCUCUGCCUGGAAUUAGUUUGGGAGCUCCCAAUUCCCAUUAACAGGAAGCUUAUGUUACAAACUUGGGGUGUUGUGUUGCUAUGGGCAUUUCUCAGUCAGGCAGAGGCUAUUGAGUUGAAUUGUGGGACAUUUCUUAAUGAUUUUAACCUUUAAUGCCCAUUGAUGGUGUCUGGUGAAUUCAGCAUAAAUAGUGAUGAAUAACAGGAAGAAGAGGUUUUAUUAUGUUCCUAUUGUUUUGGCUGGCACAACUGUGAAACUGGGCAUUUAAGUUAAGGAUCCAGAGCUUCUUUUGCAAAACAACUCUCCACGAUCUGAUUCCUAUGCACUACUUAUAUGCCAAAAGGAGCACUUAUGGGCAACAGUACACUACACAAGUAUACAGCACUAUUGAACCCCUAAAGAACAAACACUCUUCAUGCCUCAUCGUUAUGCUUACUGCACCAAAUAUCUCAGAAUCCCUCCUUUGUGUCACACUGAAAGUUCAAACACUCCUUUUAGAGUUGACUUGAGGGUUAUUUAUGGAGCUUUCUACACUGACCCAAAUUAUGAAAUUAAUUUUAGUUUUCCCCAUUGACCUUACUUUCUCCAUUUUUAAAAUUUAAAAUGCAAAAAGUAGCACCACUUUUUAUGUGUUUUUAAUUUUACAAGCAGAUAACUUUAAACACACAAGGUUAAACAUGGAAAGAUAUUACUAAUGCCACAUUAAUGUAUUGCUUAACCAGAAAGGCAGUAGAGUGCAUACCUCCUCCAAAUGGCCCAACUGUCCCCUUUUUAUACUUCCUCACCAGAAGCCUAAAUACUCAGAUUUUUUUUUCAUCUACAGUGACGUUUCUAAGAGAAAAUAACUUCUCUGAAGAAAUUUUAUGCACCUUAGAAUGCACAGAGGCAUUGUCUACAUCACCAACAUAAUUUCAGCAGGUAUCAUUUGUUGCUAAGUAUUUUUUUUGUGUUUCCAAAUAAUAGCAGUAGGGGUGGUGAAAAAAAUCGAUUAUUGAAGAGUCCUCCUCUUACUGGCUUCCGCUACAUGGUCCACAGUCUGGAGCCAAGAUAUGUUAUUCCAUCCCGGAGCUUUUUCACGCUUAAAUCGAUUCCAGAUCUUUACAAGGAGACAAAGCUUUCAGUGCAAGAGUCCCUCAACUCUGCUCACAGGGUAGCAUUGACCUGCGAUGCCUGGACAUCCAGGGCUACAGUCUCAUACAUGACCGUUACAGCUCAUUAUGUCAGCAGUUAAUGGAAGCUAAUGUCCCACGUACUUCAGACGAGAGCUAUGGAUGACAGUCACAAGCGCAAAUAUGCGCGAGUUUCUCAAAGCAAUGGCAGACGAGUGAGGAAUAGAGAAACACGACCUGGUUCUUGUCACCGACAAUGCUUCUAACAUG